AUGGCUUACGUCUUGACUGAAACCUCUGCUGGGUAUGCUCUUUUGAAAGCUUCUGACAAGAAGAUUUACAAGUCUUCUACUUUGAUCGAAGACUUGAACAGCAGUGAGAAAGUCUUGAAGCAAUUUAAGAUUGCUGCUUUCUCUAAGUUUUCAUCUGCUGCUAAUGCUUUGGAAGAAGCUAACUCCGUCAUUGAAGGUAAGGUGUCAUCUCAACUAGAGAAGCUGCUAGAAGAGUGCAAGACAGACAAGAAGGCUACUCUAGUUGUUUCUGAAACCAAGUUGGCUAACGCUAUCAACAAGUUGGGCUUGAACUUCAACGUUGUUUCUGAUGCUGUUACUUUAGAUAUCUACCGUGCCGUCAAGGAAUAUUUGCCAGAAUUGUUACCAGGUAUGAACGAUGAGGACCUUUCCAAGAUGUCCUUAGGUUUGGCUCAUUCUAUUGGUCGUCAUAAGCUAAAGUUCUCAGCUGACAAGGUUGAUGUUAUGAUUAUCCAAGCUAUUGCAUUACUAGACGACCUAGAUAAGGAAUUGAAUACCUAUGCUAUGAGAUGUAAGGAAUGGUAUGGCUGGCAUUUCCCAGAAUUGGCCAAGAUUGUUACUGAUUCUGUUGCUUACGCCAGAAUUAUCUUGACCAUGGGUAUCAGAGUUAACGCUGCUGAAACUGACAUGUCUGAAAUCUUGCCAGAAGAAAUCGAAGAAAGAGUUAAGACCGCAGCUGAAGUUUCUAUGGGUACAGAAAUCACUCCAGUGGAUUUGGAAAACAUUAAGUGUUUGGCUGAACAAAUUGUUGAAUUCGCUGCUUACAGAGAACAACUAUCCAACUACUUGUCAUCCAGAAUGAAGGCUAUUGCACCAAAUUUGACCCAAUUAGUUGGUGAACUAGUUGGUGCUAGAUUAAUUGCCCACGCUGGUUCUUUGAUCUCUUUGGCUAAGUCUCCAGCUUCUACUGUUCAAAUUUUGGGUGCCGAAAAAGCUUUGUUCAGAGCUUUGAAGACUAAGCAUGAUACACCAAAGUAUGGUCUAUUGUACCAUGCUUCCCUAGUUGGUCAAGCUACUGGUAAGAACAAGGGUAAGAUCGCAAGAGUUUUGGCUGCUAAGGCUGCUGUUUCUUUGCGUUACGAUGCUUUGGCAGAAGACAGAGAUGACUCUGGUGACAUCGGUUUGGAAUGCAGAGCAAAGGUUGAAUCCAGAUUAUCACAACUUGAAGGUAGAGACUUGAGAACUACUCCAAAGGUUGUUCGUGAACACAAGAAGGUUGAAAUCACAGAAGCUAGAGCUUAUAACGCUGAUGCUGAUGCCGUGACAACCGCUGCUCCAUCUGCUGAUUCAGACGACGAAUCUGAAGAGGAAGAAGAAACUAAGGAAAAGUCUAAGAAGGAAAAGAAGGAAAAGAAGAGGAAGAGAGAUGAAGAUGAAGAUGAAUCCAAGGAGUCUAAGAAGUCUAAGAAGGAAAAGAAGGACAAGAAGGAAAAGAAGGAAAAGAAGGACAAGAAGGAAAAGAAAGACAAGAAGGAAAAGAAGGAAAAGAAGUCUAAGAAAUAG